GGGUGAUGUUAGAGGUAACACCGGGACUCAGGUCGGAGCUUUAAUUGUCUUUUAACCAACAGUGAGACAGAACAUCAUGAUUUUUUUAAUGGUCAUCCAUCUUCAGCUGGAGAUGCUUGCAGCCACAGGUGCAGCCCUGGACCCGUGUUCUGCCUACAUCAGCCUGAACGAACCCUGGAGGAACACGGAUUUUUCUGUAAACCAGUCGUCCAGCGGGCCCCUGUGUGACAGCCACAUGUCUGGGGAGUGGUACCGCUUCACCGGCAUGGCCGGGGAUGCCAUGCCCACCUUCUGCAUCCCUGAGAAUCACUGUGGAACACAUGCACCCAUUUGGCUGAACGGCAGCCACCCGCAGCUCCACGAGGGCACCGUCACCCUGCCCGUGUGUGCCACUUUCAACAACAACUGCUGCCAGUGGAACACCAGCGCCGACGUGAAAGCCUGUCCUGGAGGAUACUUUGUGUACCGCCUGCUCAGACCCUCUGUCUGCUUCCAUGUUUACUGUGGCCAUUUCUACGACAUCUGUGAUGAGGUUGAAUGCAUGGGUCCCAGAUGUCCCGAUGUGCCUGAAUGCCGCUGUGGUCCUGGAACGGUCCUGGGUCCAGACAGACAAACAUGUCUGGAUGUAAAUGAAUGUGAUAAAGACAAUGGCGGCUGUGCAGAGGUGUGUGUGAACACCAAAGGCUCCAGGCGUUGUGAGUGCGGGCGGGGUCGGACUCUGGGUGAAGAUGGACACAACUGUAGAGAGACUGCAGGUUGUCACGUCAACAACGGAGGCUGUAGCCAUGGCUGCUCCUCGCUGCAGGACUCCUAUCAGUGCUUCUGUCCCAGAGGGCUGGAGCUGGGAGAGGAUAAACACACUUGCCAGGUACCAGUCCAGUGUGAUCCCAGCUCCAUCACAGUGUCUGUUCCCAAAGACCUAGUAGGCGGACUAGAGCUUUUUCUGUCCAACACGUCUUGCCGAGGCAUCUCCAACGGCACACACAUCAACCUCAGAUUCAGCCUAAAGACCUGCGGUACAGUUGUGGAGGUGACAGGUAACAAGAUUGUGGGGACCAAUCUGGUGACAGGCCUGCCCAGGAGCAGCCCAGGCAGCAGCAAGGAUGUCAUUGUCCGGACCAGCAAGUUGGUGCUCCCAGUGACCUGCGAGUUCCCCAGAGAGUACCAGGUGUCGGACGGAUACCAGGCGAGCCUACGCAACUCUGCCUUGGAGCUGGCAAGUCACAGCGAAGGAGUGUUCCGGUUCAACCUGGAGCUCUUCAAGAAUGCAGAGUUCUCCGAGUCCUACCACGCCCCGCCACAGCUACGCCUUCAUGACUCCCUGUUCUUUGGGGUGGAGCCAAAAGAAAGAGUGGAGGGCCUUUCUACCUUGGUGGAGAGCUGCUUCGCAACUCCAGGACCCAAAGCCGACCAGGCUCUCAAGUAUUUUCUCAUCAAAGAUGGAUGCAUCUCAGAUGAAACAAUGACACAGUAUUCAUCAAAAGACCAGCUUUCCAAGCACUUCCAGGUCCCUGUCUUCAAGUUCAUUGGCAAAGACAAUCGACAAGUGUUCCUCCACUGCCAGGUGUUAGUAUGUGGGGCAGGAGACACUCGCUGUGCCCAGCGCUGCCGCGGACGUGUCCGACGGGACGUUUGGACGCAGGAAUCUCCGGAGCAGCACACUCUGAGCACAGGCCCCAUCUAUAUUCUGCCCUAG